AUGGCUGACUGGCAGCAAUUUAUCCAAUCGGUAUUGAUCGGCGUUCUUUUCUCGUACUUUCUCGCGAAGCUCUUUUCCGUGAUCUUCGCCUUCCGCGAUGAAAAUCUCAGGAUCACGCGGGCGAAUUCGCCGGAGCCGGAAGCCGAGCAGGUCUCUGCAGAUCCUUCGUCUGGCGUUCUGGAAGAAAAGGAGCCGCUGAUUGGUGGAGACGGGAAAUCGUGCGGUGAAAGAGAGGUAAUUGAAGCUGACUGUAGCGAUAGUGAUGAUGAUUGGGAGGGCGUGGAGAGCACAGAGCUGGAUGAGCUGUUCAGUGCCGCCACUGCAUUUGUUGCCGCCACAGCUGCUGAUCGGGCGGCAGCGAAGGUGUCUAACGAUAUCCAGCUGCAGCUUUAUGGUCUGUAUAAGAUUGCCACUGAGGGACCGUGUUCUGCUCCCCAGCCUUCAGCUCUGAAAAUGACUGCUCGUGCCAAAUGGCAAGCAUGGCAGAAACUGGGCACUAUGCCUCCUGAAGAAGCAAUGGAGCAGUAUAUUGACAUCGUUACUGAGUUAUAUCCCACUUGGGCUGAUGGUGCUGCCUCUCAGAAGAAAAAAGAUGAAGGGUCAACUAAUGCACAGAAUGCAGGUUCCCAAGGGCCGAUGGGACCUGUCUUUAGUAGCUUUAUAUAUGAGGAGGAAGCGGGAUCUGAUUUGAAAAUGGAUGCUAUACAUGGCUUUGCACGAGAAGGAGAUGAAGAAAAGCUGCUCAAGUGCAUUGAGAGUGGUGUCCCGUUAAAUAUAAAGGACAGUGAGGGCCGCACCCCUUUGCACUGGGCUGUAGAUCGAGGCCAUUUGAAUGUCACAGCAUUGCUUCUGGGCAAAAGUGCUGAUGUCAAUGCUAAGGAUGAUGAAGGUCAAACCGCAUUGCAUUAUGCUGCUGUAUGCGAGAGGACUUCAAUAGCAGAAUUACUUUUGAAACAUGGUGCUGAUAUAGAUAUUAAGGACAAUGAGGGAGACGCUCCUCGUGAUCUUUGUGAGUCGAGCUGGCCGGGGCUGGAGCUUCUGGGCUAA